CAACACUUUUUCACUGUGCAAAUAAGCUACUAUAGCUAGCUAGGUAGCCAUGGCCUUCUUCGCAAUAGCUCCUCUCCUUUGCGCGCUAGCCCAAAAUGAGAUUCAGAUGACCCUAUACAUCCAUCAGGUGCCUAGUGGACCAAACAUAAACCAAGCAGUAGUGAUAGAUCCAUCAAAUGGCUUUGGUCGGACCGCUGUUAUAGAUUGGACUAUACGCGACGGGGCAGAUCCAAGUUCAAAAGUCAUUGGGCAAGCUCAGGGCAUUCAUAUGAGGACAAGUCAAAAUGAGAGCAUCUGGCACACGUCCAUGAAUUUGGUGUUCUCGGACGCUAGGUUCGGUGGGUCUACACUUCAGGUGAUGGGGCUUAUUGCUGAAGGUCCUCGUGAUUGGAGUAUUGUCGGUGGGACCGGAGAAUUUAGUAUGGCACGUGGUGUUGCUAAGUACACUGUCGAGCCCAAUUCAUCGAGGAUUUAUAGAGUAAAUGUUCAUGCAUAUUACUCUUCAAUGGACUCCAGGGCGUUUAUGCAGGUUUCUGGUAAGAGUGGCUGUAACUCUAAGAUAAGUGAGCCUAUUACAGUCAAUUAGGCAACUUCAUGCAUGCUUGACGAGAUGACCACCAAGGUUGAUCCACAAUCCGCUUGUUGUUUGUUUCCUCAAUAAAGAAUCUGGGUCAUUGACUCUAUUGUACGGGUCCAGUGUUGUACCUUGCAAUUUGUACUAUCUGUAAUUUGAAUAUACAUUUCCACUUGUUUUCUUA